AGAAAGUCAGCAUGCUCUCUGCAUUGAUUGCUCCCUUCAAGUACAUGAGCCCUGGGACCACCAGCACAGAGGAUGAGGACACUUUAAGUAAGUCACACCUCAGUAUAUUCCUCCCAACAUACUGGAUGCACAGCCACUGCUGAUAUGAUAUGAUAGCCUAUGAUAUACUGUAUUGAUCCCAAGGAGAAAUUUGUCUUGGACAAUUACAGUAGUACUGCUUCCACAUACUGUAAAUACAUGUAUCAAUCCUGUCAGUGUACUGUAGACUAGAUAUGAAAGUGAUCUAUCUGUCAAUUUUCUGGUUUUGAAACUCAAAUUUGUGCACAUUUUUCAGAAAUGCAAUAUGCUACUUUAUCCCUGUAACUAGGUUUGAAGAGCAGAGCAUGAUAGCACAGCUGCUCCAACUUUGUCCUCAUGGAGAAUAGAAGUGUGAAAUAAGGCAGAUAGCUUUUUUCUUUCAUCCCCCAAUGUGUGUAACUUUCAAUACAAUACAAUCCCCCCAUUACAAAAUAGAUUGCUGCUUUGCAUUGGGUACAGUAACAAAUACUCUCCCACUUAAACCACAGAGUCACAGAACCAAUUUUGCAGCAGAUUACAGAAUGAUUUGGCAGAUAAUGCCCCAUUUGAGGGGAUUUGGAUUUGAAUUUUAGAACACUUAAAUAAGAUAGCCUCCCUCGCUAUGAACUUUGGGGACUGUCGAUGGGGGACGCUGGUAGAUUUGUUCAUUACCCUUUCAUUGUGUAUCAAGUGACUAAAUCUGCCCCGGGAGCUUUGCUUUCUGAGUCUCAUUCUAUUGCACACUGAGAUAUAGUGACUGUGGAGCGCCACACAGUUAUGUCUGCAUUUAUUGUUCUGAACAAUGGUUUUAUUUCUCUCAAUUGUUUUGUUUCCUUUUCUUGUCGUUGCCAGGCACCAGCAGCGCUGAGGUCAAAGAGAACCGAAAUAUCGGUAACCUAGAGGACUGCUGUUCCAUUGUCCCGGGCGACCGCCAAUCAACGUUCAGAUCGGACACAUCUAGGGGCGGGACUUCCGGUCUGAAGAGGAAGCGACCAUUGGAGGAGGACAAUAACGGACACCUGUGCAAACUCCGUCUGAUCUACAAGAAACUGUUGUGGUCGGACUCACCAAAGAAUGCCCUGGUGCAGCUGAACGAGCUGAGGCCGGGCCUCCAGUACUGCAUGGUGUCCCAGACCGGCCCCGUCCACGCACCCCUUUUCUCAAUUGCCGUAGAGGUGAACGGCCUCACCUUCGAGGGCACGGGCCCCACCAAGAAGAAGGCCAAGAUGAGAGCGGCCGAGCUGGCCCUCAAGUCCUUCAUUCAGUUCCCCAACGCUCCUCAGGCUCACCUGGCCAUGGGUAACCACAGCAACCCCUCUGCAGACUUUACCUCGGACCAGGCGGCAGACUUCCCAGACACUCUGUUCAAGGAGUUUGAGCCGUCGUCGUGUGGCGGCGUAGUCGGCGACAGCUUCUCCCUCUACCGGUCGGCGUCGGAGAAGAGCGAGCUGCGCCUCUCCAGCGCCCUCCGGCACGGCCGAUUACUUCGCCACACGUUGGACCUAAUGGUGCAGGCCAAGCAGCGGUUGGCAGGGGUCCCUGUGGCUAUCCCAGCCGAGGCCCCCAAGACCCCCGUGGUGCUGCUCAACGAGCUGCGUCCAGGCCUGAGGUACGUGUGCCUGUCUGAGAGGACAGAGGGGCGGCGGGCGCGGAGCUUCAUCAUGGCAGUCCGCGUGGAAGGGAGGAUAUUCGAGGGCUCCGGACGCAGCAAGAAGCUGGCCAAGACCCAGGCAGCCCAGUGUGCUUUGCAGGCCCUCUUCAACAUCAGGCUGGCUCCUGAGGGGAGAGGAGGCUUUAAACCCAGCAGGAAUAGAUGCCCUCAUUUGCCCCAGGUGAGUAGCAGCGCUGUGCCC